AUGUGCGAAGAAGGCGAUGAUUUGCAACCGCUUGGCCCUGGGGAAGGUCCGGGUGGCUCACGUCGAUCCGUCUCAACGAAUACAGUCGACAAUGGAGGUGAAGAUACUGAGGCGUUGAAGGAGAAGGUGGACUACUUGCAGCUCAAGUUAGAGGAAGUGCAAGGAGAGUCCUCUUUACUGAAGGAAUGGGGUGCAAGAAUCGAGCUGUACAUUGACUGCCUGGGUGAUGCACUAGAACGUCACAACAUCAGCCACGUCUCUGAUGUGGACGGCUCGUUGGUAUCUCUUGAGGAAUGCAGAGAAAAGGCCAAGACGUUACCACACACCAAGAAACCACACUGUGACGAGGAUCUCCGUACAAAGCAGUACGAUGCCGAGCUCGAGAAACUCCGGCAAGAGAUCGCUACCUUAAGAAGCGAUCAGGAGGACUCUGCUCUGCAGAGGAACUCCGAGCAAGAGGUGUUGGUGAUGCAGAUACAGGCUGCCGAGUAUCACGCUAACAGCCGGUGGGAGGUGUACCACGAGACCGCCAUGCAACAGUGGGGACAGACCUACUCCCAGCUCCAAAUGCAGUACAACGAGACCAUGGGGCAGCUGAACCAGCUCAGAGCGGCUUACGACAACCUGAAAGGAGCGACGAAUCACGGUAGACAGAUUGACGAAGACUCGUUCAUCAACAACAGGAGAAACGGACCGGCGGCUGUGGAUACGAUGCAUGGUGAUGAGGAGGUCAUGAAACCGCCCGGUCAGUACCAUCGCCACCGGCCGGUGACAGCGGCAUUCAGACCCCAUGGACACUACCAGGACGAGCCCGCUCGUAGCUGCCCGGACAACGCACCGAUCCUCCUGAGGGCUGAGCGCACUGAGAUCCUGAGGCAGUAUUUCGCCAAUCUGGAUAUGAUUCAGCGCCAACAGGAUAGCGUAGGGUGGCAAAACCGCCAACAGAUACCGCCCCAGCGUCCUGGACCUCACGGUGAAAAUUAAAUGAUCUGCAAAAGUUUAUUAUAGCGAGCGAGUUCUUGGCACAACA